AUGGGCAGUGAAGAUGAGAGCACACCCAAUGUGCCCCCAUCAGACGACCAAGGAUCAUCCAAGCCAGCCGAGACCCACUUCCCCAUCACACGCCCGAAUGGUCUCCCGCCUCUCUACGUCGACCUGUCCGGCCUCUCGUGGGAGACCGAAUCACGCAGAGCGGCCGUGGUGCGAUCCAUAGGGCAAAGCAUGCAGACGAGCAGUGACAAAGCCGUCCAAGUACUUGGCCGUCCAUACAAACAAGAAGAACUCGAUGCGUGUGCCUUCCACUUUAUCAAAGCGCGCAAAAACUUCCUCGAUUACGGAUCAGUAGGCCUCGGGAUAGCGUUCGCGCUUUCAUGGCUAGGCCGACACACGUUUCGUUUCCCUUUCUAUGCGCCUAAAUGGACCUACUUUAGUCCCGACCGCUUCCUCUUCUUCCGCGGCCGCAUUGCAAGGGCACACUGGCAUGCCAUGAGGACAAGUGCUUAUUUGAUGCUUGGAAUUUAUUCCUCCGCGUACGCCAGUAUGGUUGUGGCCGUUUCCGGGCAGCGUCGGGAUCCUCGCUUAAAGGACUACCUCACCGUGGAGAGCCAAAUGAACAUUCGAGACAUCCUACAACCAUUAAUUCAGGAUGGAAGUGCUGAGAGGAAGACUGAGGUGACGUCCGAGAUAGCAAGGCAGUGGCCUUUGCACCAGCGUCUGGACGGUAGGCACAGGGACGGUCCGGGCGAUGAAGGUGAGAACAGCAUGGCUGAGCACUUGGAUGGCAAUCCGCCCACGGAAGGACCUCUUGUCGAAGACUAUCAGGACCAAUAUCAACAAACGGACAAGAGGGCUCUCCUCGAGGCCAUUCGACGCGCGGAUGGUAAGAACGUUGAUGGCGAACACGGUGAUCAGUGGGGCACUUCUCAGAGUCAUCAGAAUGCAUCCUCCUCACCAAUUCCUUCUCCGUUGGACCGCAAAGUCUCGACCUCAUCCUCCCCGGUAGCUUCUGGAUCACAACCCAGCGAAAGUGCGUGGGACAGACUGCGUCAGCAAGCCGAACGACAAGCUUCACAGCUCGAUGAAGUUGCCGACUCUGGCGAUGCCUUUGACGACAGAUCAGAGGCACAGCGGAAAUUCGACGCACAAAUUGAACAAGAAAGAAAGUUCAGCACUAUCAACAAGGAUGGUAGUAAUGGAAGUGGUGGAAGUUAG